CUGUUUUAAGUAGCAAAGACUGUUGCUGAUAUUUGAUCUACAUUUAGAUCAAGCUCGAAAUUAGUGUGAGAAUCGAUAAAACAUGCCGCCGAAGAAGGCUCCGGCUCCGAGCAAAAAAACGGAGUUAAAGAAGAAGGAGAAAGUGAUAGAGGCUGUCGUUGGACUUACGCCAUGUGACUACUUGAACCGAUGGUGCUCACAAUGUGCGCUCUUAAGAACUGUCCAAAUUCACAUAAGAUUGAGCGAGCAUCAGAUAUAACGACAAAACGUUUGGUAUCAAGAACAAGAAGGGAGCGAAGCAACAGAAGUUUAUCCAACAAGUAGAAAAACAAGUGAAAACUGGUGGUCUCAACCCAAGAAAAAUCGAUGAUCCGUCUACUAAGAAAUUGGAGAAGGAGCAAAAGCUCAAGGAGCAGAAAGAGCUCGCCAUGAUAUUCAAACCAGUUCAAACCCAAAAAGUAGAUAAAGGAACGGAUCCAAAGUCUGUCAUCUGUGCAUUCUUCAAACAAGGUCAAUGCACGAAAGGAGACAGAUGUAAGUUUUCUCAUGACUUGACUAUAGAAAGAAAAGCAGAGAAGAGGUCGCUUUAUUGCGACAUGCGUGACGAUGGCGACGACAAGGAAGGCGAUACCAUGGACACCUGGGACGAAGAUAAACUCAAGGAAGUAGUGGAAAAGAAGCAUGCAGCUGGCGCCAAUAAGCCAACCACCGAUAUCAUUUGCAAGCACUUUUUGGAGGCCGUGGAAAAGUCAAAAUAUGGUUGGUUCUGGGAGUGUCCUUCGGGGUUGAAAUGUAUCUACAGACACGCGCUGCCUCCAGGGUUCGUGUUGAAAAAGGACAAGAAGAAGGAAGAAAAGAAGGAUGAAAUUUCGCUGGAGGAUCUUAUCGAGAGAGAAAGAGCGAACUUGGGUCCCAACCAGACAAAAAUUACUCUGAACAGUUUCUUGGCGUGGAAAAAGAGAAAAUUGAAACAAAAGGCAGAGCAGGCUGUCAAGGACGAAGAGAAACGUCGGAACGACUACAAAGCUGGUCAUCAAGUCGGUAUCUCUGGACGUGAAAUGUUUAGCUUCAAUCCCCUGCUGGCAGCUGGUGAUGGCAUCGACGACGGAGACGAAGCGUUUGCCUCGUACGACUUGAGCGACGACGAUCAAGAUGGAGGAAUAGAAUACAAAGAGUUGAACAUGGAUGAAUUAGUUUAUAACGCUAUGGAAGCAGACACCGAUGGCAUUACUGUAGCUAAAGACGACCGGCUGAAAGCCAACGUCGAUGCUCAAACCAAUGGAGAAAGUGCAGAAGUAACGAUCUUGGGCGAAGGUGCAACAGCGUUAACCAUCAAUGAAAAUCUAUUCACCGACGAAGAUUUAGAGGGGCUGGAAGAAGAAUUGGGAGACCUGGAUCUAGAGGAGUAAUCCAGUCGUCUCAAAAUUAUUUUCUCCUCACCUAAUAUUCUGUAACCGGUUAAUUGGGAUUUCUUUAUUUGAUAUUUAUUCAUCGGCGAUGAUGUGAAUCCUGUAAAGAUAUCAACACGCAUGAAAUAUACUGUAAGGGAUAUUCCUUUCGAUCGCACAGCUCGAACUAUGUGAUGCCAUACAUAGCCCCAUCCUGCCGCAACCUUUUUGUCUAACCUAACAAUUGUCGUAUUUGAUGGGUUAACUAUGAUUGUGUUACGCUCAAUAUCGAUUUUUGAAUAAACAAAUUAUACGGA